AUGUUGAAUUUUAUUCAAAAAAUUUCAAAAUCUGGGUGUAAUUUUUUUUAUUUAUUUUUAAUUUUAAUUUUAAUUAAUUUUUCAAAUCCAAAAGUAAAUUCUCAAACAUUAAAUAAAAAUGAAUAUGAUUGUUUAAAGAGUUUGUUAACAAAUUUGGGAUCAAUCAAUAAAGUUAAAAUUAAUACAACAUCUUUAGAAUAUUUAUUUUGUGGUACAUUGGAAUUUCUAUCACCAAAUGUUAAAAUAUUUUGUAAUGAAGGUUCAAUUUCAAAAUUAAGUGUAGGACAAGCUAAUUUCACAUAUACAGUAACUGAUGAUUUUUCAUGUUUUAAAAAUAUGACUAAUUUAUCUGUUGAUAAUAUUGUUUAUGAUAAAGAUAAAUUUUAUAAUUCAUAUCCUCCAAAUGCAAAAGAAUUUUCAUUUGAUGGCACUGAUUUAGUUUAUGGAACUAUUUCACCAAUUAUUAAAAUUUUUGACUCAAUGUCAAUACAAAAUAUACCAACAAUAAUUAAAUUUUCUUGGUAUUUAAAUACAACUAAAAUUGUAAUAGCCUCUUUCGUACCUUUUAAAGGAUAUUUUUUAGUUUCAUUUGAUAAUGAUCUUGAUGGUUCAAAAAUUUGGGAUUGUUCUAUUUUAAUUCAUUCUCUAAAUGUUCCAUCAUUAAAUUUUAUUACAGGUGAAAUUACUUUAAAUCUAAUGUUAGAUUACGAUCAAUCAUCAUGGGGAAAUAUUACAACUUUUGGAGGAAUGAGAUAUAUGUCUCUAAUAUCUUCAAAUUUAUCAUAUUUUCCAUUAGAAUUUUCAAAUUUAAGAUCUGAAGUUUUAAAAUCUAUAUUUAUUGAAAUACCAUUUUUAGCAGUAUCUUCAAAAAUUGAUUUAUCAUUAAUAGGAAAAUCAUUAGAAUCAUUAUAUUUUUUUCAUCCAAAUAAUUUUACAUUUGGUGGUUUAUUUCCAAUAAUUUUACCAUCAAAUGAAGCAUUUAAAAAAUUGGAAUUUGUUUAUGGAAAUAUUGAAAUAUUAGAUCUUUCAUUAUUUACAAAUGUUGAAACAUUAUCAUUAAAAUGUAAUUUAAUGUCCAAUGGUUUUCCUUCAAGUUUCAAUAGAACAAUUCAUAGAAAAUUAAAACACAUUGAUAUAAGCAAUAAUAGUAUUACAGGUACAAUUGAUGAUUCAUUUUGUCAAUUGGAAAUCAUUGUUACAAAUAAUUCAAUGACAGGUUUAAUUCCAACUUGUUUUACAUGUUUCUUUGGAUUACCAGAAAUAAAUUUAGAAAGAUAUUUUAUUGGAAAUAAUUUUAUAAAUUUAAAUACACCUUCUUCACCAUCAAUUAUCAUUCCAAAUAUAGUUUUUAAUAAUACUUCAAUUAUUGAGGGUUCAAUAGUUUUUUAUGAAUAUUUAAUAUUUGGUGAAAAUUUAGGUGGUAGUUGGGUUCCAUUUACAGCUGUCUCUGAUUCUGUAGGAACACCAAUGAUUAUUUCAAUGAUUGAGCCAAAUAGUUUAUUUAAAUUAUUUUGCAAUGGAGAGCCCAAGUUUCCUUUAAACUUAUCAUACAGUAAGUCUAACCCAAACUAUACAUUUACUUUAUCAUUGGGAAUACCACCAAUAUUAAAUUUAGUAGAUUGGCAAUCAAGUACAACUGAUUUAGUAAUAGAUGGUUCAUUCUUUACAUAUAAUAGUUCUAUAAUUAAUAUUACAAUUGGUAAUGAAAAUUGUUUGGUUACAAAUACAAAUUUUUAUCAAAUUAAAUGUACACUUUCAAAUGUUAUAGAUCAAUCAUUAGAGGAUAUUAUAUCAUAUAUUACAAAUGGUAAUUUAAUAACUCAAUUCACUUUAAAUCCAGGUGUAAUAAAUACAAUUUUAAAUUGUACUGAAAAUUAUAAUGAUUGUAAUGGUAAUGGAUAUUGUUUAUCUGAUAUUGGUAAAUGUAAAUGUGAUCCAACCCAUCAAGGUGGUGAUUGCUCUUUGCCAUAUAUAGAAUGUUUAAAUGAUUGUAAUAAUGUUGGUCAAUGUAAUAAUCAAACUGGUAUUUGCUCGUGUCCAAUCUCUCCUUAUGAAUGGAGUGGUAUUGAUUGUUCAAUUCCAUUACAUACAAUAUCUGCAGUUUCACCAAGUGAUACCAAUGGUGGUAGCGCUUCAAUUUAUGGUUGGUUUAGUAAUAAUCAUACUUAUCUACAAGUUUUCAUUGGUAAUAAACAAUGUAUACCAAUUUAUAAUAUAUCUAAAAGUGAAAUUAUUUGUAAAGCACCACCAAGUACAGGUUUAAAAUCAGUUAGUGUAAUUCAAAAUUCAAUCAAUGUAACAUCAAAAGAUAUUUAUCAAUAUUAUUCAAAUGAUAAACAAUGUCCAAAUCAUUGUACAUCGACAUCAAAUGGCAUUUGUAAUACAACAACUGGAUAUUGUAAUUGUAUUGGAAGAUGGAGCGGUUAUGAUUGUAGUUUAUAUUCAAAUCCAAGUGGUGGUGGCGAUAAUAGUGGUGGAUUACCAGGAUCAAAUACAACAAUAGAUGGUAAUACUGGUAAUACAAAUAUUACAAAUCAACAAACAAAUUAUCAAAUUUUAAUUACAAAAUUAAUAGAGAUAGAUUUCAAUGGUAAUCAAAUCAAUGAAUAUCUAUUAUUAAAUAAAUGGUCAAUAAUUUCAAAUAUUAGUAAAACAGUUUACACAUUCAUUCAAUCAAUUCAAAAUGAUAAAUGUAAUAUCACAUAUACAAUUGAUGAAAUUAAUAAAGAUAGAGACACAACUUUCGCAGGUAUUAAUUUUAAAUUAACAAGUGGAUCAGUUAAAAUGACAGUAUCAAUUGAAAACUAUCAAUAUUCAAGUAAUUUAAAUACAUUACAAUUACAAAUGAAAUCAAGUGUAAAUGAAAUUCAAACAAAUAAUGAAAAUGAUUGUAACAAUGAUCAAAUUGAAAUCAAUAAUACACCAAAUCAAGAUAAUUCAUUAAAUUAUAUGACAAUUAAAAAAGAUGCAAAAGUUUUAAAUGGUAGAUUUAUAGACAGAAUCGAAAGUGAUGGUAUAUCAACAUUUAUGCAAACUGUGUUAGUAUCAAAAUCAAAUGAUUCAAUUACAGUUGGUAUGAAUUUACCUCAUUGUACAAAGAAAUGUUUAUUAGAUCCUGAUUUCUCUGUAUUGGUUAGUCCUGAAUUCGUUGAUGAAUGUGGUGGUGAUAAUGAUCGAAAAUCCUGGUUUUUACCAGUUGUUAUAGUGGUUCCUAUUGUUUUUUUAACCUUAAUAAUUAUUUUUGUAGUUAUUACUAUAAAAAAAAGAUUUGUUGAGAUGUAUUUAUUUAAAUCAAAAAUAAAACAAUUGGCAAACUUAAAUAAAUAA